UAAAUAAUGAAUUACCAUACAGUUGCUCAACGAGUUUAAACGGAUUUACCUUUCCUAGUAAAACAGGGCAGCGGCGAUAGCUCCUAAUAAGUGUGGUCAGGCCGGUAUGAUGGUGGCCGUGCGACAAACUAAUGGAAAAAGCUUUGAAGCGAUGGGUUGAGUUGGUGUUAUUAGUCUCACUACUAUCUGCCAACGGCAAUCUCAUCUUCAUCCAAAGAACCCUUGCCGAUGGGGUCACUGCUGAGGAAGCCAUUCUUCUACGGGACGAGGUUCGUGAAAUGUUCUAUCACGCUUUUGAUGGAUACAUGGAGCAUGCCUUUCCACGUGAUGAAUUAAGACCUCUAUCAUGUGAGGGAGAAGAUACCCUUGGUGGUUAUGCCUUGACUCUGAUUGACUCCUUGGAUACACUGGCUCUACUCGGUGACCGAGAGCGUUUCACUUCCUCUGUUGAAUGGAUUGCUAAAAAUCUCCGGUUUGAUAUAAACAAAACUGUAUCUGUAUUUGAGACUUCCAUCCGAGUCCUUGGAGGCUUACUAUCCGCUCAUCUUCUUGCAAGUGAUUAUGCUACGGGUAUGAGAAUUCCAUCAUAUGACAAUCAAUUACUUGACUUAGCUGAGGAUCUUGCUCGAAGGAUGUUGCCUGCAUUUGACACCCCAACAGGAAUUCCAUUUGGGUCUGUCAAUCUGUUGCAUGGAGUUGAUGAACACGAGAGCAAGAUAACUUCAACUGCCGGUGGAGGGACUUUGACAUUGGAAUUUGGGGUGCUUAGCCGGUUGACAAACAAUCCUAGUAAGUACUCAUACCAGUUUCAGUUGGCUAUUAAAAUUAUUAUUCUCUAUCUGGCACCUAGCUGUAAUUGGGAUGCUGGAAUAGGAACAAGUAUUGACUCUUUUUAUGAGUAUCUCUUAAAGGUUUUGGCAGGAGACAUUGAUCCUGCCAUUCGAACACAUGCUGCCUUCUUUAGCGUCUGGAAAAGAUACGGUUUCACUCCAGAAGGUUUUAAUCUUGCUACACUAAGUGUUCAGAAUGGGCAGAAGAGCUAUCCACUCCGUCCAGAGUUAAUAGAAAGCACAUAUUGGCUUUACAAAGCUACCAGAGAUGCCAGAUAUCUUGAUGCUGGGAGGGAAAUGGUUGCCAGCUUGCAGUAUGGAGCUCGAUGCCCUUGUGGAUAUUGUCACAUAACGGAUGUGGAAUUUCACAAGCAAGAAGAUCACAUGGAAAGCUUUUUCCUUGCUGAAACAGUCAAGUAUCUAUGGCUUCUUUUUGAUUUGGCUUCAGGUCCAGAUAACCUUGUAGAAAAUGGGCCAUACAAGUACAUCUUCAGUACGGAAGGGCACUUACUGCCUGCAACCCCCCAAAUAUCUCUUGUAGGGGAACAUUGUUCAUAUUUUGGUGCUUACUGUAGAAGUGGUGAUAGUGGAUCACUUAAAUCUGGCAUUUCAAUGAAUCCCCAAGAAACUAAUGCUAGUAAUGGAGGUCAAUUUCGGACUGGAUAUCCAUUACAUUCCUCCUUUUUCAAAUCAACUGAUACAGCAGGAUUUAUGAAGGGGAUUUGUCCUGGAUUAACUCAUGGAGAAAAAUAUGGUAUAUCAUAUCUGGAGUCAAUUGAUGCAACACAAGAAGAUGAGUCCACGCACCAAAGAGAGAAUGUGGUUAAGAGCCAUUCUGUGAUGGUCGUUGCUGAUAAUUCUCUUUCCAAUAGCAAUGACCAUCUUGACAAUGUUCAGGAAUCAAGUGAGGUGGGGUGAGAAUGAUCUAUCUCAAGUAAGACAAAGAAGGGUUGCAAGCAUUUACAAGUUCUUUAUAGCUCAAUUAUUUGGUCAGAAUGCAACCAAAGUAUCACGAAGUGAUCUGCUUGAGUGUCUGCUAAUUUUUUUGCUGAAAGAUAAGGAAUAACAAUGCACAAAUGGCAGGUAUUUUCUGACAUGUCAAAACCCAAUUGAAGCCUAAAAUUGAUUGAUGUUUGAUAUCGAGACUGCUGGUAUCUGUUAAUCUUUUUGAGCGGUAAUUGUUGAUAAAAAGUGGAGCUUGAGGUUCAAGGUACAAAUAUAAGCAGAAAAGUCAAGCAGGAUCCAGUCUGGCUUACUGAUCAUCAUAUUUUGCCCUGACAUAUAGGCAGAAACUAUACUUUGAUUACUUUGGGCUUUUGUAACUUAACAUGAUAUAUAAAACCUUCCUUGUGUACAUUGUACUUUAUAGCCUUUUCUUAGUCCAAUUGCUGUUGGGUUGGGCUUAGUUAGAUUUGGCCACUGGUUCGGUUAGAAUCAAAAUCAGACUGGAUUUAGUCUGAUUCUAAUCAGAUUGGAAACUGUUAUGGAAUUUUGGUUUUGAACUGGGAA